AUGGCGGCCUUCGCAGCAGCAGCAAGAUCUGGACAUCAUCAAUUGACUGCUUGGGCGCUCUUAGCAGGAGGCCUUGAUCCCUCAAGGCUUCAGGCUGAUCAUGACGCCUUCAUUAAGGCUUUUGCUAUCCCUACCCAUUUAUACAGGUACCUUGCCGAGUGCCACAGGAAGCGUCCUCUUAUGCUACACCGAAAUCUCAGUUAUAUGAGGCCCCCUCAUACUGAUUGCUCAUUGCCCAUCAAAGUCCCUGGAGAUGGUUCUACCAGGAAAAAAGCCUCUUUAAGCGAUAUUAUUGAACGCCUUACUUCUUCUGCUCAGCCCCAGGUGUCUUUCGCUUUAUCGGAUAAUUGGCCAACUGGCUCUAAGUCUGUAACCGGUGAGUCGGUACUUGGCGAGUUUAUUCGAACAGGACCAUCCACCCGUCUGCCAAAGUCGACAUGCUCGACCAAAGACUCGUUUAAAGAGUCUAUGAACCUUCAAGAUAUACUUCACCAGAACAUUGGACAAGUCCCUCACAUCCUUUCUUCUGGUUUUCAACAUUGGAGAGUUGAGAUAUGUUUCGAAGGCUUUUUUGAUUCUGAAAAAGAAGCAGAAUGGGUUACUGUAGAGGUACUUAUAUUAUUUGAAUUUAGAAUUAAUGCAUCCAUCCAACCCUCAAGCUAUAAUUUGAAUAUUGCUUCGUUAGUGGAUAUGUAA